GUGACGAUAUUGAAUGUCUUUUUGUUCUUGGCCUCGAUAGUCAUACUGUCCGUGUCAAAGAAUAGGUCAAUCUCUGAUCAGGAUUACUGGAGAGCUACAUCGUACUAUUCCCCAGUAUUCGAUCGCUUCAACAUCCCGAAGCUCACACGAACUACAAAUGGCACAUUCUGGAAUACGGAACCUCCCUCAAUCUGGCGCGCCCGCACAGGCGCGGAAGCAGAUGCAGCAUGGGAAUCAAUCGGAAGUAACAUCGCACCCAUCAUAAUCAAUGGUGCCGAAGUCAUCGCGCUCGGUAAAGACCCGUCAGUGGCCGUGAAGGCACCUCCCGAACUCAAUCUCGGCUCAGACGCGUACAUCGCAGGUAUGGACGUCUUCCACCACUUACAUUGCUUGGAUAAGCUCCGCCGGGAGAUCUCUUACAAGCACUAUCAUGAGGCUGAGGAAGGACCAAGUCCCGGGUCGGAGUUGCAUGAAGCACAUAUCAACCACUGUCUUGACGUCCUGGCGCAGGCGUUGAGGUGUACUAGCAGCGUGGAUAUGGUCACUUUUAAUUGGGUUGAGGGACAUCGGAUGCCGCAGCCGGACUUUAAUAACAAGAAAGUUUGUCGGGAUUUUGAUGCACUGAGGAAGUGGACUAUGGAGAACGGGGUAGAUAGCGAUGGGUUUUUCAAGGCUGCUGACAGGCCGCCUCCAGGUGCCAUCAUAGUUCCCGAG